AUGGGGGAAAAACCAGUUAACAAACCAGUUGUUUCCACUUUACAAGAAGUUUAUGAAGCUAAAAAUCAAAUAAUGGAAGAUGAAAGUGAAGACCUUGGUUAUACUGAUAAUGAAGAUGAAAGUGAAGACCUUGGUUAUACUGAUAAUGAAGUGCCUGAUAAUGAAGCACCUGAUAACGAAACACCUGACAAUGAAGCACCUGAUAACAAAGCACCUGAUAACAAAGCAUCUGAUAACAAAGCCUUUGAUAGUAACAAAAGAAUCCAAUAG